UAGUUGAAACGUGUGCUUCACUCUCUCUCAGUCAUAACACCGACAUACAGUUGGAAACAUCUUCCGGUACUACAUUAUCAGAUCCCAUCAAAUACAGAAAUAGAAAAUCGAAGUUGAAAGGCAGAUUUUCACGCGUAAAUCCCAAAAUGAAUGAUUCGGGGAUCACAAUUGAUAACAACAUACUCAAGGGUAAAGUUGUUCCCUUUACUCCGUUCGAAUACACCAGCCUUGGAGAAGUCAUACUAGCAAGACUGAAAAAGAAUCCGGAAUUGGUAGGACAGAUCGAUGGUACUACUGGCGAAGAAUACACCUACGACCAGAUGCGAGAUCGAAGUGUCAGAUGCGCUUUGUGGAUGAGGAAACAGGGCUUACUUCCAGGAGACGUUGUUGCAAUCUGCUCUCACAAUCAGCUAGACCUCGCGCUGCCGUGUUUUGCAACCCUGUAUCUUGGAGCCAUAUUUAACCCCUUGGACGUUGGGAUGAGCAAAAGUGACUUUUGUCAUAUGUUGAAAAUCACAACCCCAAAAAUGGCGUUCGUCAACGAAGAAGUAGCUACCAGGUUUGCCGAAGCGGCCAAAGAAACAGAGAUAGACAUGAAAGUUGUUGUUCUCGGUCGCGUUCCAGGCUUUCUUGAGUUUGAACAAAUAAUUACUGAACAAACGGUCGAAGAGGUCCAGAACUAUAGAUGCACACCGAUCAAAAGUUCUGACGAAACUGCAAUAAUUAUGUGCACCUCUGGGACCUCAGGUUCCUCAAAAGGCGUUGCAUUGUCCCAUGCAGCUAUCCUUAAACAAUACCGUCCGUCCGUCGGUGCACUAAUAAACGAUAGAGCCCUAGUAUUCUCACCUCUAGCAUGGAUCACCGGGAUAAUUUUCAUGGUUAUGACUGUAAUCGGAAAUGCAACCAGACUUUUACCACCGCCCUUCGAAGAGUACACAGCGUGUGCUCUCAUUGAAAAACUUAAAUUAAAAUCAGCUUUUUUAGGGCCCAGCUUGCUCGCCAGACUGGUCAAGUCAGAUGCCUUGAAGAAAUAUGACCUCUCCAGUCUUAAGAAAAUCACAUCCGGUGGUUCCAUUCUAUCCGCUAAUACCCGGGAAAGUCUCAAUAAGAUGGUACCACAUGCUUCGAUCACCGUGGGUUAUGGCAUGACGGAAGUCGGAGGUUUGAUUUCAGUGCAGACGGACAACUCGAAACCUGGAUCAUGUGGUUCAAUCUGUGACAAUUAUCAACUAAAAGUCGUCGAUCCAGAUACCGAUCGAGUACUGGGAGUUCAUCAAUUGGGUGAACUAUGGUUCAAGAGUGCGACCAUGAUGAAUCAUUAUUACAACGAUCCACAAGCUACAGCGAAUGCAAUUGACGAGGAAGGAUGGCUGCACUCCGGAGAUCUUGGCUACUAUGACGAGGACGGGGAGAUCUUUAUUGUAGACAGACUGAAAGAACUGAUCAAAUAUCGGUGUUAUCACGUAUCUCCAGCUGAUAUCGAAAAUGUACUUUUGUCUCAUCCUGGAGUCAAGGAGGUUGCAGUUGUAGGUGUACCGCACCCUGUAGACGAUGAACAUCCCAUCGCUUUCGUGGUCAGAACGCCGGCUGAAAUAACUGACAAACAGGUUACGGAAGAGGAGUUAAUUGACUUGGUGGCUACACAAAUGGCUGACAUUAAACGGCUACGUGGUGGCGUUAGAUUCGUGGACCAUUUACCGAAAACCCCAUCAAACAAAGUUCUGCGCAGGGAAAUCCGCAAAAUGGCAAUAGCUGUGAGGACUACAUAGAAAAAUCGCUAUUCAGAAUUUAUGUACAAGUAAUCCGAUGCUUGCAAUAACAGCCGUAAAAGCCUUUGCUUGGUUUACCGAAUCUAACAGUAAAAUAUAGGAAUCGCAAGAGUUUUUCCGACUGAGCAAGCUUUGUACGAAUGUUUGGUUUCGAAAUAAACCUGUGAGAAACCC